AUGGUUGAGAAAGCAAGCAAGCAAGAGGAGUGUUCUUACCUCUCAUUCAAUCUUCCAGUACCAGAAAGGAAGCUGAGUAGCAGAGAUUUGGAAAUGAAGAACCGAUCCUCUGUUACCGAGUUCGUCCUGCUGGGUCUGUCCAGCCUCCCUGAACACCAGAUGUUACUCUUUGUGGUGUUCAUCUUUCUCUACAUGGCCUCCCUUGCUGGGAACAUCCUGAUAGUUCUCACUGUCAUGACCAGCCACAACCUUCACACCCCCAUGUAUUUCUUGCUCAUCAACUUGUCCUUGAUCAACCUCUUGUCCAGCUCAGUGUCCAUCCCCAAAUUGCUGCACAACCUGCUAGAGGGGAGGAAGACCAUCGACUUUGCAGGAUGCAUUGCCCAGAUCUACCUCUUCACGUGGACGCUGGGAAGCGAAGCUCUGGUCCUCGCUGCGAUGGCCUUUGACCGCUACGUUGCUGUCUGCCAUCCUCUGCAUUACACCCUCAUCAUCAGGAAGGAGGUUUGGGUUGGGUUAAUCGUUGGUGUGUGGACAGCUGGGCUGGCCAAUUCGGCCGUCCACACCGGCCUUGUGCUCCAGCUCUCCUUCUGUGGCUCGAACAUCAUCAACCAUUUCUUCUGUGAACUGCUGCCUGUGGUACAGCUCUCCUGCUCUGACACCAGCCUCAACGAAGCCCUAACUUUUCUGUCUGAUGCCGUCUUCGGCCUGGGGAGCUGCGUGGUCACUUUGACAUCCUACUGCUUCAUCCUGAGAACCAUCCUCAAGAUCCGCUCCAGAGAAGGCAAGAAGAAAGCCUUCUCCACCUGCUCCUCCCAUCUCAUAGUGGUCAGCCUGUACUACUCCACCGCUGUUUACAGCUACAUACACCCCUCUGCGGCCCACUCUCUGGACAGAGACAAGGCAAUUGCUGUCCUGUACUCAGUUAUAACCCCAGCACUCAACCCCAUUGUAUACUCCCUGAGAAACAAAGAGGUCAAAGAGGCUCUCACAAAACUGAUAAAAAGGCUUGAGCUACAUUGA